AUGGAUAAAAGGUUCCACAACUUGACUCUCGAACAAGUCCAGGCUCUGGACAAGGUCCUGACUGAGGUUAUCCCCAUCCACGGGAGAGGAAACUUUCCCACAUUGGAGGUGAGAGCAAAAGACAUAAUCCGUGUGGUGAAGGACCGGCUGGUUGAGAGAGACAUCCGGGUCAAGGACAUCCGCCUUAAUGGUUCCACUGCUAGUCAUGUGAUGGUUAAGGAUAAUGGCUUGGGCUACAGAGACCUAGACAUCAUCUUUGGGGUUGAGUUGCCCAGGCAAGAAGAUUUCCAGGUGAUAAAGGAGGUUGUCCUGGGGAGCCUGCGAGACCUUCUUCCUUGUGGAGUCAACAGAAGGAAGAUUACCUGCCUCAUGAUGAAGGAGGCCUAUGUACAAAAGAUGGUCAAAGUCUGCAAUGAGCAUGACAGAUGGAGCCUUAUCUCUUUGUCAAACAACAAAGCCAAGACUGUGGGGCUCAGGUUUGUAAGUUCCUUGCGAAGACAGUUUGAGUUCAGUGUGGACUCCUUCCAGAUAAUCCUAGACCGCAUGCUAGAAUCGUACUGGGAGACUGAAAAGAAACAAGGACACAAGUUAUUCAUCACUGUUGAAGCAGAGUGCAUGUUCGGGGACUUUGAACAGGCAAUGGACCACCUUCGCUGCCAUCUCAUUGCCACCCAUAGCCCAGAAGAGAUCCGAGGAGGGGGCCUGCUAAAAUACAGCGACCUGCUGGUGAGGAACUACAAACCGGCCAGUGAGACAGAGAUCAAGUCCUUAGAACGUUAUAUGUGCUCCCGCUUCUUCAUCGACUUCCCUGAUGUCAGCGAGCAGCAGCGUAAGAUCCAGGACUACUUGCGAUGCCAUUUUGUUGGCAAUGAGGAGACAAGCAAGUAUGAUUAUCUGAUGACUUUGCGGCGUGUGAUAGAUGAGAGCACUGUGUGUUUGAUGGGACAUGAGAGGAGACAGACACUCAACAUGAUCACGGUCCUGGCGCUCAGGGUGCUGGGGGAGCAGAACGCCAUCCCAAACACUUCCAAUGUCACCUGCUUCUACCAGCCAGCACCGUACAUGUCAGAGCCCAUUUUCAGUAGCUAUUACAUAGCCCAGACUCAGCCCCCACUUGUCUACCACCCCUAUCCCCUACAUGUCCACAUGCAAACCGGGUUAGUGUAG